GCCAAUCCAAGGGCGGCUGUCACUGUUGUGAUGCUGUCAGGGCGCCGGCGUCGUGGUGCUUGGGCGGUCGCCACCUAAAGGACUUCGUUGGGGCAGCCUCGGGGGCAGCUUGUCUCCGGCCUCGCUGCCAGCCCGCUCAUCCCGGAUCGCGGGCCUCAGCGUAGGGUGUGCGUGCGGGCGGGUGCCUGGGCCGCCUUGGGGCCUGGGCCCAGCCGCAGAGGGGCCGCGAGAUGCAGCCGCCGGGCCCGCCCCCGGCGUAUUCCCCCACGAACGGGGACUUCACCUUUGUCUCUUCGGCAGACGCGGAAGAUCUCAGUGGUUCAAUAGCAUCUCCAGAUGUCAAAUUAAACCUUGGUGGAGAUUUUAUUAAAGAAUCUACAGCUACUACAUUUCUGAGACAAAGAGGAUAUGGCUGGCUUUUGGAAGUUGAAGAUGAUGAUCCUGAAGAUAACAAGCCACUCUUGGAGGAACUGGAUAUCGAUCUAAAGGAUAUUUACUACAAAAUCCGGUGUGUUUUGAUGCCAAUGCCAUCACUUGGUUUUAACAGACAAGUGGUGAGGGACAAUCCUGACUUUUGGGGUCCUCUGGCUGUUGUUCUUUUCUUUUCCAUGAUAUCAUUGUAUGGACAAUUUAGGGUGGUCUCAUGGAUUAUAACCAUUUGGAUAUUUGGUUCCCUAACAAUUUUCUUACUGGCCAGAGUUCUUGGUGGAGAAGUUGCAUAUGGCCAAGUUCUUGGAGUUAUAGGAUAUUCACUACUUCCUCUCAUUGUAAUAGCCCCUAUACUUCUGGUGGUUGGAUCAUUUGAAGUGGUAUCUACACUUAUAAAACUGUUUGGUGUGUUUUGGGCUGCCUACAGUGCUGCUUCAUUGUUAGUGGGUGAAGAAUUCAAGACCAAAAAGCCUCUCCUGAUUUAUCCUAUCUUUUUACUAUACAUUUAUUUUUUGUCCUUAUAUACUGGGGUGUGAUUCAAGUCAUAUAUGAGUAGAAAAAGGCAAUGUUACAUUUGUGUGUAGUCGGGGAAUUCUUGCUGAGGUGAUUGAAGAAAACCUGUUGAUGGUAAAAUUUUACAUGUUCUACAUGUAAAGGCAGUUUUGAGGUCUUUUUAAAACCAUAUUUUUUGUAUUUAAUUAAGCAUUUGCAGUUUUCUGGACUUUUGGGGGUCAGAAUUCCAAAUUCUGUUUGAUUCUUCAUAUUCCAGUGAAUAAAAUAUAAAAGCAUUGUGUUUUUAAGAUUGUGUCAAUAUUCACCUAAAAACUUGUGCCAAAAGCACCUGGAAUGGCAAUUAUAUUUCAUUCAAAGGGUAAAUAUGGCAGCAUCCUCAUAAUCUAAAAGUGCAAUUUUUUUUUCUUUAAAGGGUUUUCUCCUGCAUCACAGAUCCUGUAGAUAUAUAUUUAUAUUUAUACAUAUAUAUUUAUGAAAUAAUUCUUAUUAGUCACAAAAUAUAUUUCUGAAUAGCUAAAAGUUAAGAUAUUUUAAAUCUGAUGCUUAACCAUUCUUUAAUUUGGCCAUUAAUCUUUUUAUUUAUAAAUUUAAAUUUGUUUUUUGUAUUGUAUAUACUUUAAAAAGUCUCACUUGUGCUUCAGUAUGUCCUUAUUUAGAAGUCUAACUAAAACUAAUUUUAACAGUUGCUGACGUAGGUUUGCUUGGUUAUGCUUUGAAAAAACUUUUUUGAAUGCCUAACUAUCUGAUUUCAGUUUCUGUUCAUCUUUCUGACCAAAGGAACAGAGGUUUAAUGGAUAUGGGAUUAUUAUAAUUGUUAAUAUGUAGAAAAUACUAAUAUUUAUAGCAUCAGUAAAUAUUUUUAAGUGGUACUCCUAAGUUAUAAAAGUUGCUGGAAAGAGACCUUUAAAAUCUUGUGGUCUUGAACAAUGUUAAAUGAAGUAGAAAAAAAUAAAAUGCUUCCCAGCUGUGUUUUGCUUUAGAACACCUUGUCCUGUAUUACUAACAAGUAUCAGGUACUCUAACAAAUGUACAGUAUUUGUUAAGCCCUAAGAAAUUUAACUAGUAAAAUUUUUGUUGCAAAUUAUUUCAUAGACUCUACAUGUACUUUAGUUACUAUUACUUUGUAAAGUAGAUAAAAUAUUUAUGUCCAUAAAAUGGCAAAUGCCUGAUAACUGUUAGCAAAUUAUCAUAUUAUCCUUUCUGGUCUCAGAUGGAGGAGUUAACUGCUGUCCUCAAUGUGCUAACAUGGCCAUGGCCAUCUCUUAGUAUGUAUUCCUUUAGCAGCCGAAUGUGUCAGGAAAUACCCAGCAACUCUCAAGCAAGUCUUAAAAAGGUACCAAGCCAGUCUCCCCUCCUUUCACCCCUUCUCCCACUAUAAAAAAAAAAAGAAAAGAAAAGAAAAGAAAAAAACCUAUUUUAAGCUGCAGGAAAAGUGUGAAACUAUCUUUGAGGUAGAGUAAUAAGAAAAUUACAUAAACUAAUUUUUUUAAACAAGCUUAGGGCAACAAAUAGAAGCACCCAGAGGGAUAGAAUUUCUAGAGCCUAAAAUAAUAUGAAGUUAUGAGGAAGGAUCAAUAACUACAGAUGCAGCAACUGUAAAAUAAAUAUUUGUCACGUAUAAGGAAUUUCUAAAGUCAGUACUUUCUUACAAUGAAUUAUUAUAUUUGAUGUACAUGGUGUUGACUCUGGAAUCUUCCCUAAGAAGCUGGGGGUUUGGUACCAGGGGGUAAUAUUUUACUAAGCAAUAAAUCAAGGCAUUUUGGGACCCACUCUAUCAAAAAAUGGUUUAAUUUUUUUAAGCUGUCAUUUCUUUAACAUGUGAAUAAAAGGUUACAUAUGUGGA